AUGGUUAACGGUAACGCCAUCGCCUAUAAUGUCGCCGCCUUCAUUAGUACCCUAUUCCUUCUUGAAUUCGGUGCCGAUAAAUUCGUCGACCACACCGCUAUCGUAGCCCACCGGACGGGAAUUCCAGACACCGUAAUUGCCUUGCUUACUGCCGGCGCAGAAUGGGAAGAGCUCGUUGUCGUCAUUGCUUCUCUUGCGCAGGGUCGACCCUCGUUAGCAGUAGGAAAUAUCAUCGGGUCAGCCAUCUCGAAUAUCCUUGGCGCCUUUUCCCUCGGGCUUUUGUUCCGUCCAAAGGGCUCGCACGUUACGUUUGAUAGGAGCUCUCGGAUAUACUCGCUCUUCUUGCUUAUUAUCACCACUUUUGUUACGCCAAUCACCUACUUCUCCCAUAGGAUAAUCUGGUUGAUAUGUGGUUCUAUCUUGAUUGCCCUCUUCGCCAUCUACCUAAUCUCCAUAGGGUGGGCUAUUAGUCGAGGAAGUCUCACCGCGCCCGAAGGUUCGGAUGAUGAUAGCAGCGAUGAUGAAAGCGACACGUCGUCGAUAGAAUCGACGAGGUCUAUCAACCGCCGGCGGCAUGAAAUCCAGGCGAGCCAAGAGGAGAGGGAGCCUGAGAAUAGGAACGAACUGGACCAGCGAGUCGGUGGCAGUGCUGAGGGGGUCGUUGUCACAAAUGUGUCGAGCCGUCGAAGGCGACGGAGCCUUGGGUACCAUAUCGGGUUCCUGAUGCUCGGCUUUUUAGCCAUCUGCCUAGCCGGCUAUGUUCUCGCGCAUGCGGCCAUUAAUAUCACAGAUGCCAUUGGCAUCUCUGACGUGCUGUUUGGUAUUAUCAUUCUUGCUAUCGCCACUACCCUGCCUGAGAAAUUUGUUGCUGUCCUAAGCGGGAACCGGGGUCAUAUAGGGAUUCUUGUGGCUAAUACCGUCGGGAGUAAUGUCUUUCUCCUGUCGCUUUGCCUAGGCAUUGUAAUGGUUGAUACCUCUGGGAAUUUUAAUGGGGGUAAUGUUAAUAUCCCUGAGCUAUGUAUCCUUUGGGGCUCUACGCUAGCGCUUACAUUAACCGUUUGGUACGGCGAAAGGUUUGAUCGAUGGAUUGGAGGAAUUAUGUUGCUCAGUUACAUUGCAUUUAUAGUCUUGGAGUUUACAGUCAUUCACCAUGUAGCCGAUUCGCCAUAG